AUAAAAACAUAAAUUUUCUAACCUGAAUUAGUUUUGUUCGUAUAUAGCACGUCCCAUGAACUCUACUUUCGAUUUGGGAAUAAAUAUUUUCUUGUUUGUCUAGUGUGUGAAGAUGAUAAUUGUGGUGACGUUAUUGUGUAUCUUUAGCUUACAUAUUUCACAAUGUGUGUUCUUCAGAUACACCAACACAUCGUGUUUGGAGACUUAUAAACUUGACAGAACAAACAAGGACAGAAUUACAUGCACGGGUGAACACGUCGUUAAUCACUGCAUUCCUGAUGAUCAACAUAAAGAAUUGGAAGUUUGUGUACAAUGGAAAUGGAUUACAACAGGUUACUGUCCGUACUACGAUACGAUCUCAGAUGUCAUCAAAGAAGUGCGCUGUACAUCUUACUGCCUACAGAAUGAUGACUUACAAGUUAUCUGCACCUGUCCAUCAAUAUCCAAUGAUGAUUCAUGCAAUCAGAAAUGUAAAAAUGAUUUUGGAUCUGACAAAUACAUCUUUUGUGAACCUGACAAAGUUUCUACUACAAUUAGCCCAACAACGAAUAUCAUGUCUGGGGGACACGAGUUAUGGAAUUCGUCAGAUUUACAAAUAAAUGUCAGCCCCACAGUCAGUAUUACUUCCGGAAGGAAUGGUACACGGAAUUCACCAGAACCAGAGUUUAAUGGCAGUGCUGUGGGAAUUGUUAUUGGUGUAAUUGUGCCGCUUAUCCUGCUGAUUGUUGUUGGAAUUCUUCUGUUCAAUAAAAGACGUCACACACAAGAUACGAGUAAGAGAGAGACAACAUUGGAAAUUGGUGAAAGUAAAGCCCUAGUAAGUACAGGGGCAAUAUAUCUGGAGGAAAAUGAACAGAACCAACAACAAAUAGAGAAAGAAGAAAGUGGCUGCAGUGAGUUACAGGACCUUUUGGAAUUCAUAUGUACAGGACCAGCGAGGAAGAUACUGUUUAAUGUUAUAAAAAUGUAUGUGGAGAAUCCAGACAGUUACUUCCACGAUGAAUCAAAGAAGGCUUCAGUAAAAACAGUAUUACCAACAGAGUACCAUUCAUUCCUUGACCCCGAAUCUGACUACAGACAUUCUAUUCCUGUAUGUUACACCAUUCUACAAUUGUCACUUAGUGCGGAACAUGAACCAAAAUCUGGUUGGGGUCAAAAGGUCGAGGAUUUAGACACCGGGGUAGGAGAUGAUGUAGAGAGAGUACACCAAGUUCACACACUGAGUAGAGAAAUUCAGAAUCCAGAGGAAAUAUCUGUGGAUGGAUAUGUAAGGCUAUUUGAAAUGAUGAUAGGAGCUGUAGAGAGACUAGAUAUAAAGGGGAAAUGUAGCGAGGAUUACAGGGAGAUAGUGAGGAGAUUGGAGAAUAUUCAGAGGAAGCUGUGGGUGAAAGACAGAUGGAAAACAUUUACAAAUUUUAUAAAGAAAUGGUCAUAAUAAAUACAAUUAUUUGUAUCCAUGCCUACACAUAUACUUGUAAAUAUUAAGUAGUGAGUUUAAAAGUAACAGUACAAUAAAUCCAACAGUGAUUAAAA